ACAUACCAAAACUCAAUUAAACCUUGUUUCUUCUUUCAAAUAUUUUUUUCUAAUCAUUCAUUCAUAUAUUUCAUCAUAUCAUAUACAAUAAAUAUAAUGUUACGACGUGACCAGGAUCCAUUAAAGUGGGAUGAGGCGGCGGAGGCGUUGAAGGGAAGCCAUUUUGAGGAAGUGAAGAGGAUGGUGGAGGAUUACAGGAAGGAGGUGGUAAGGGUGGGAGGAGAGACACUGAGGGUGGGGGAGGUAGUGGCGGUCGCAGAGAGGUUGGCGGCCGUAGAGCUGAAUGAGCAGGCAAGGGUUAGAGUUAAGGAGAGUAGUGAGUGGGUGAUGGAGAGUAUCAAUAAAGGUACUGAUUUUUAUGGUGUCACUACUGGCUUUGGUUCAACAUCCCAUAGAAGAACUAACCAAGGUCAUGCACUUCAAACUGAGCUCAUUAGGUUUUUGAAUGCUGGAAUUUUUGGUAAUGGAACAGAACAAUGCCAUACAUUGCCACAAAAUGCAACAAGAGCUGCAAUGUUAGUAAGAAUCAACACACUCCUUCAAGGCUACUCAGGAAUCAGAUAUGAAAUGCUAGAAGCCAUUACAAAACUUCUCAACCACAACAUUACACCAUGUUUACCUUUGCGCGGAUCAAUUUCCGCCUCAGGUGACUUGAUUCCAUUUUCUUACAUAGCUUCACUUUUAACUGGCAGGCCUAAUUCAAAAGCUAUUAAUGGAUCCAAUGGUGAAACCCUAAAUGCUGCAGAAGCUUUUAAUUUAGCUGAUAUAGGUGAAGAAUUCUUCAAGUUGCAACCUAAAGAAGGUCUUGCACUUGUUAAUGGAACUGGUGUUGGUGCUGGUUUAGCUUCUAUAGUUCUAUUUGAUGCUAAUAUCUUAACUGUUUUAUCUGAAAUUAUGUCAGCGAUUUUCGCUGAAGUUAUGCAAGGAAAGCCAGAGUUUACAGAUCAUUUAACACAUAAAUUGAAACAUCAUCCUGGUCAAAUUGAAGCUGCAGCCUUGAUGGAACAUAUUUUGCAUAAAAGUGCCUGUGUUCAUGCCGCAACGAAAUCGCAUGAGAUAGAUUUUCAUAGAAAGCCUAAACAAGAUAGAUAUGCACUUAGGACUUCACCGCAAUGGUUAGGUCCACAAAUUGAAGUUAUUAGGUAUUCAACAAAAUCAAUUGAGAGAGAGAUUAAUUCUGUGAAUGAUAAUCCUUUGAUUGAUGUGAAAAGGAACAAAGCUUUGCAUGGUGGAAACUUUCAAGGUACACCAAUUGGUGUUUCUAUGGAUAAUACAAGAUUAGCUUUGGCUGCUAUUGGAAAGUUACUUUUUGCUCAAAUGUCUGAGUUGGUUAAUGAUUUUUACAACAAUGGUUUGCCUUCAAAUCUCUCGGGUGGUAAAUGUUUAAGCUUGGAUUAUGGACUUAAAGGCGGUGAGAUAGCGAUGGCUGCAUAUUGUUCUGAGCUUCAGUUUUUAGCUAACCCUGUUACUAAUCAUGUCCAAAGCGCUGAACAGCAUAAUCAAGAUGUUAAUUCACUUGGAUUAAUCUCUGCAAGGAAAACAGCAGAAGCUGUUGAGAUAUUAAAGCUUAUGUGUUCAACUUACUUGAUUGCUUUAUGUCAAGCAAUAGAUUUGAGGUAUUUGGAGGAGAAUCUAAAGAUCACAGUUAAGAAAAGACUGAGUCAAGUGGCUAGAAAAAUCUUAAAUGUUGGAGUCAAUGGUGAGAUUCAUCAUUAUAUGUCUUGUGAGCAAGAUUUGCUUAAAGUGGUUGAUUGUGAAUAUGUUUUUACAUAUAUUGAUGACCCUUGUAUGGACACAUACCCACUUAUGCAAAAACUAAGGCAAGUGCUUGUGGAACAUGCAUUGAGGAGUAGUAAUAAUGGUUUGAAAAAUAUAAAUGCUUCUAUGUUCCUUAAGAUAGGUGCAUUUGAGGAGGAACUAAAAAGGGUCUUGCCAAAAGAUGUUGAAUUUACAAGAAGUGCUUUUGAAAAAGGGAUUUUAGCAAGUCCUAACAAAAUCAAGGAAUGCAGGUCUUAUCCAUUGUAUAAGUUUGUUAGAGAGGAAUUGGGGAUUGAAUUUUUAACUGGUGAGAAAAUUAAAUCACCAGGAGAAGAUUUUGAUAAAGUUUUGAAUGCAAUUACUCUUGGAAAGAUAAUUGAUCCAAUGUUUGAAUGCCUUAAGGAUUGGGAUGGUACUCCCCUUCCUAUAGAAUUUCAUUAGUACAAUGUUUUACUAGUAUUGCAAUGUAUUUAUCCUGUAAGGUAAUAGGUAUGCACAGUG